GGGCCCCCCGGGCCCCCCGAGUCCGCCACUCCGGGGGCUGCCCCGCCCGGGGACGCGCCUUUUCCUCUCCCCGCCCCGCCCGGGCCUUGCGCCGGGCCUGGGCCGAGCCGCCACUCACUCACCGCCGGCCCUGCGGCCCCGCUCCCGCCGCGGCUGCGCCCGCCCGGCGCGGGAGGCGGGAGGGCGGGGAAAAGGGGCCCCGCCGUCGCGGGAGGAGCCGCCCCGGUGCCGGCAACAUGGCAGCGUCCAGCCGUGCCCAGGUGUUGCGGCUGUACCGCGCCCUGCUGCGGGAGAGCCAGCGCUUCAGCGGCUACAACUACAGAACGUAUGCCAUCAGAAGGAUAAGAGAUGCCUUCAGAGAAAACAAGAAUAUAAAGGAUUCUGAAAAAAUAGAAGAAUUAGUGAACAAAGCCAAAGCAAACCUAGAGGUUAUUCGCCGGCAGGUUACUAUUGGCCAACUGUACUCCACGCAGAAAUUGGUUAUUGAGAGUCCAGGAAACACAUAGCUAUGAGAAGCCUCUGAUCCUGAAGCAACACUGGACCAUCUUCAGCAUCCUACAGUGCCACAUACAGAAGCAUAAAUUCACUGCACACAUCUGAGCUUUUCUGUUCGGCAGAAGAAAUGCCUGAGAGACUCAGUUUUUGGCAACCAAAGUACUAUUUUCUAGUGGUUCACACAUUCUAAGAUAUAUGGCUGUGACUUAAAAUAGCAUGUAAGAUAGUCUUGAAAUGUGUUUGCUUGUAUGUUCCAUGUGAUGGAAUAGUUCCUGCCCUACUUUGACAAUAAAACUUCAUUAAACUACCUGUAACCAGAUACGUUAUUCUGCUGCUGACCUCGUCUCUCAAUGACCAUGAAAAAUGUGUUAGAUUUAAAACCCCUCAAGAUUUAAAAUCCCUCACCUAGUUACUAAGUUCUUAUUGAUCUAGUUGCAUUUCAAAGCAUAUAGCAUCUGAAUUAAAUUACUAAGUACAUAUUUUAUUUUAAAUAUUAAAACCAGAGAUGAACAGAA